AUGCUCCGACAACUAUCACGAGCCGUGCUGCAGACGCCCAAGAAGGCGAUCCGACUCUCGUACUGGCACUUCGCUGUCUGGUGGGUCAUCAUUCUCGCUGUGCACGUCAUCACUUGUGUGUUCAACGCGCUAUAUGCUUACGGCUACUGGAACUUGGACGGGACUUAUCUCAACACCUGCCUCUCAUUCUACAACAUCGGCAUGUCAGAGCCAUAUCAUCACACAAUUGCGUUUGUUCAUGGAACGGUAUCUGCUAUCCACGGAACUUGCAUCCUGUUAAUGCUUGGAGGCUCACUACGACAGAAAUCACUAGCAUUCACACCCUGGUCAAUAAGCACCGUCGGGGAUGAAGUGAAGUCAAGUCGUACCACCAGUUCGGCAGUGCUCCAGAAUGUUACAAGAGCUUACGGUAAUGUUACCUAUCUUUGUGGGUUGUGUGGCGUUAACGGAAAAUACUUCGACGCUGCUUUGAUCUGCCGCGAGAUAGUAGAAACAGCGUUGCAGACCGCACAAGCGUAUCGAAUGAGUGUACUAUUACCUCGAACACUACUGAAUCGAGCCUAUGUUAUUUUACUUGCAGCCAAUUGCUGGACCUCAAUCGUUGCGGAUUCAGUAUUUUUCGGCCGAGAUGAAGCGAGAAGGAGAUUCACCUGUAUCGUGUUGGACGGUAUGCUGGACCUCAUGGCUUGUAUGGGUGUCCAGCUAAUGGUGAUGGCUAACUACGUUGGGGACUAUAAUACUGAGCUUCAAGGUUUUGACUCAACGAUCUGGUACGAUGAUAAGUGGGUCGCUCGAGCUUUAAACGAGUUUCGGAUGGUCGUUGUGGUCUCAUGGUCAGAUCUAGUAAGCCGCACCAUCUUCUCACUCGGACUGGUUAUCACUACUACAAGUAUGAAGCGUUUACUAUGGCGCUUGCCAAAUAAUACAAGUCGUGUUGCGCAUUCUCCAACCCCACUAGUUUUUGUCGUUAAAACGUCGAAAAGGGUUCUAAACUCUGACGAAACGAGAAAACCCGGACCGACAGUUGAGGGCGAAUUGAGUCAACUACAGAAGACCAAAACCUCAUGGUUUGACACACUGGUUGCCAGUCUUAAACGGUUAUUCUCACGUCGAGAGCGUAGCAUGUUUCAUGUUGCUCACAUCUCGUUCGGAGUCUGGGGAAUCGUGAUACUUGGGCUUCAUAUUCACGCAUCAAUGCAACCAUCAUUACCUCAGUGCUUCAUGCAGGUACGACCAUGGACAGUAUCGCAAGCUUCGUGCUAUUUGGUUGGUCUGGAUUGCCAUGCAUUAGGCAUUUCUGGAAAAAAGGAGGCUGUAGAAAAAAUGUGGAGUGAGUUUGACGCCUCCACGGUUGUUCAACUAUUGAUACGACAUUGUUCUGGACUCGAGAUGCCGGAAGUUUUUACAAAAUUCAGGGGGUUACAUGGAAUUAAAGUGUACAACACAACUAUAACGCAGUGGGGGGAAUCGGCAGCGUUCACGGCUUUAAACCACCCCACAAUAGCGUCGUUGUACUUAGUUCGUGUCAACUUUACCGACGGCUUACUUCCCAUUGGUCUCCAAUCGCAAAACUUCCCGAGCACUUUGAAUGAUGUCGAGAUCUGUGUUACGAACUUGCGAUUACUACCGGAUGACCUCGCUACAAAGUGGCCACCGGGCGGACUUAUUUACGUGGAAUACGCUCAGCUGACAACUGUUCCUGAAGCUUUAGUACUCCUUGAUCCAGUUUACUUGUCAAUAGCGGGGAAUCCGAUCACUGAACUCCCUCCGGAACUAUUCGAGAUUCCGGAUCUGUUCUACCUGAUCGUAAGCGACUUGAAUCUGCACGAGCUGCCGCGCAAUGUGACACAGCUGUCUCCGAGUUUAUCACGGAUUUGUAUCGUCAAUACCAACAUUUCAUUCUUUUGGUCGUGGUUCGACGAGUUCGUUGCGCAAGCGGGAGAAUAUCGUUACCCCCUGAGAGCUGCGGGCUCUUCCUACUGCAACGAAUUGGAGAAUUUAAAGGCUGGUGCUGCAAAUAACUUCCGCCUUCCGCUUUUUCCAGAGUUCUCGCAAAUUCUCAUGAAUCCAGCACAAGAAAACCGACAAAUCAUUUCAAAAAUUGUGGAUUGCGAUGUCCACAACUACAGUGUGUAUUACCCUCUCAACUAUGAUGACAAUAUCAACGCGAUAUCACCUCCGUAG